AUGCCGCGCGAAGAUCAAAAAGUCUAUGUUGGCAAUUUGCCAGGCGAUGUUCGCGAGAAAGAAGUAGAGGACAUCUUCCACAAGUACGGACGUAUUAAGUACGUAGACAUCAAGUCCGGACGCGGUCCUGCCUUCGCUUUCGUCGAGUUUGAAGACCACAGGUGAGUAAACCUUUAAGUGUUUUGAUAAUAUUCAACAUUUCUUGCAGAGAUGCUGAGGACGCAGUUCGUGCUCGCGAUGGUUACGAGUUUGACGGACGUCGUAUUCGUGUCGAAUUCACUCGUGGAGUCGGACCUCGUGGACCGGGUGGUCGUCCGCUCAAUCAAGGAGGACAUGGCGACUAUCAUGGUGGAAGUGGAGGUGGUGGCCGCGGUGGAGGAGGACGCGGGGGACCACAAAGAAGAACGGGAUACCGCGUCAUCGUUGAGGGUCUUCCACCAACUGGAUCGUGGCAAGAUUUGAAGGAUCAUAUGCGUGAGGCCGGAGAUGUCUGCUACGCUGAUGUCGCUAGGGACGGAACCGGAGUCGUUGAGUUUACUCGCCACGAGGACGUCAAGUACGCUGUUCGCAAGCUGGACGACACCAAAUUUAGAUCUCAUGAGGUAAGUUCAUGAGUCCAUUGCAACUAAUUCUACGUUUUGUUUUUACAGGGAGAGACCGCCUACAUUCGUGUUCGCGAAGACACAUCCUCUGGAUCGGGAGGAGGCAGCGGUGGUGGAGGAAGAGACCGCAGCCGCUCUCGUUCCCCGAGAGGCGAGCGUCGUGCUUCGCCGAAGUACUCGCCACGUCGUUCGCGUUCCCGCUCUCGCAGCCGUUCUCGUUCGCGCUCUCGCUCGGCUAGUCGCAGCCCAUCUCGUUCCCCGUCUCCGCAGUAA